AUGCUGUCUCUUCCACUGCUUCUGCACUCAACGAACAAUGAUGCUGUCACUGCAACAACAACUUCAAAUAUGUCCUUUAUUGGGGAGGACAGGUGGGCAAAAGACGACCAGUAUCUGUGUGACCACCCAGAACAACUGAAUGAAUCACUAUCCUGCUACAGCUAUGUUUUCAAUUACCAAAGGUUGAACGUUGAAGUAUUGAGCGAAGAUCCUAUUCUCAUUAUCUUCCGGAAUUUCGCCUCUGAGAAAUACGUCGCGGAUUUCUUGUCGGAUGUCAGAAAAAGGGAAUUUGAAAAGCAGAUGGUGAUCGAUAACGAGAAAAACGAACCAGGACGUGUCAAAGAGAUCACUGGCAGGAUAGCUAAUGGUACAUGGUUUUUAUACGAAGAGACUAGUGGAGUCGGCAAAAUGUUCAGACGAGUGAAAGCAAUGCUGCCUUCUAUAAAUUUUAAGUCUUGCGAGCAGUGGCAGGUUCUUUCGUAUCAUCCCGGUGGUCAUUACGCACCACACUUUGAUUACCUCAAUUACACCUCUUCGAAACAGUGGGAUCUGUGGAUGAAUCGAUAUGGGAAUAGAAUGGCAACUUUCCUUCUUAUGCUACAGCCAGCAACAAAAGGAGGAGGUGGGUGA